AUGAUCAAAGACCAUUCUCUGUUAUCCGUCACUCAAGCCCCGACAUGCUUGGUCUCGUUCGGGUUUUCCGACACUGAUUUGCAUAUGGAGGCUGUCAAAUUCACUGACGUAAUGGAGCUUGUCGACUGUUACGAAUCCGAGCCUUCUUCCAUUUGGGUCGGCAACAAGAAUUCCACCACCCUGGAAAAAACAACGGUUCUCAUCAUAGCAAGCGUCAGAAACUUGAAAAUUGUAAAUGGCAGUGUUUACCAAAUUGGCGACGAACCUCAAUUUUCGGACGCCUUCACACCAUCCUUGGGCUCCAAGCAAUUCUGUGAACUCCAAGCAUAA